AUGAUAUCCACUACUGCCAAUAGUAAAGAUAAAAACGCGAGGGGAACGGAAGGUGUUAAUAUUUCGGACAGGGACGAAAUUGGUCAAGAAAACACAGACGAUAAGGUCAGAGGUUAUGUUGGUACGUACGAUUCUUCUUCGUCUUUUGGUGGACCAUCUAGAGAUGGCAGAUUUCGAUCCCGAGGUCGGGUUACCGAGUUUAGACCAUCCAGACGCGGUGGCAGGGGUCGGGGUAGUUUCCCGCCCCGGCGUCAUCGUGAUCCGCUCGACAGUUCUUACAAAUAUCACGAAUCGUUAAACCAGCCCUCCAAUGACACCUGGUCUCAAGGAAGUAGCAGCAACAAGUUCUAUGAACGAUCAGAACUGGCAGUCAAUUUGCCUGAAGAUCCUCGCAUAUCCAAGUUGUUGCGACGACUGUGUGCCGAGGUGGACGUGGAAAAGUCUCUCGUGAUAUGUAGCAAGCUUCAAGAAGCUGUGAUGCUACCGGAAAAUGCCCGGUAUAUUCGACGUUCUUAUGACAUUUUAGUUGAAUCCCUUCUUGACGUAUUGUAUGAUGCUCCUGGCCCAGAAACAAAGGAAGGUGCCGCUGCAAUUCUUGGUAGAAUUGGCUAUGUUAUGGGUCAUGAUUUUCGGAAACAUUUGGAUUGGAUUGGUGCAACUUAUGCAGUAAAUAACUCUUCAAUAAAACAUUUGUUGACACUCUCAUUCACAGAAACAUUUCAACUGGACUAUCAGGCGUCUAAUUUAUCUGACUUCUCGGAGUUAACAUUGGACAGACUUCAGACGAUUAUAGAGAGCACAGACUCUGCUGAUGUAUUUAUGGCUGCUAUAAAUGCUAUGAUUAUCAUGUCAAAUUCUUAUCCUGAACAAUUUGCAAAUCAUUUUGUUGACACAGUAGAUAUUUUGGUGGGGUGGCAUGUAGACAAUGCACAGCCUAAAAAGAUAAAGGAUUUUGCACUUCAGUCAUUAUUUAAACUUAGCCGCCACUGGCAGGCUGUUAUUGGAUUUUCAGUGAAUUUACUCAAUCAAUUUGUGGAAGACUUGGUGGCUUACUCAACUGAUAUAGAUUCAGAUAGCAACGAUAGAGAGGAUGAUGAAAAUUCCAGUGAAGAUUGUAUGCAGAAAAUAACAUCAUUUCUGAAUGUUUUCAACACUGUCGUUAAAAGUUUAGGGAACCUGUUGAGCCCUACUGUUUCGCAAACAGUUUCAUGGGCGUUUCUCACAGAAGCUUUUACAAAAAUUCUUCAAGUUUUGACAAAAACUUUAAAGGACGAUGCAGAAUCUGACUUGAUACUGGCAGGUAACGAAUGUAUUUGCUUACUCUUGAAAUAUUUACAAUCUAAGUCAUCUUCUUCUUCACCAGCACUAUUUUUACUGAUUUCUAAAGAGAUGAAACACUUUUUGCAUGGAGAGGAAGCAGUUACUCUCAGUGUAAUUAAUUUGGUAUCUACCGUGAUAAAAGAGAUAGCAUCAAACCUUCCAAUUGAGUUUAUAGCGCAAACAGUUGGCCCUGAGUCUUCGCUGAGGCCACUGCGUUAUAGCGACAGCUCCAUAAUAUUGGAUGCAGUGUUAUCAGUAUACAACAACCUGUUGAACUUGAAAAAUAUACCUCUUCUACAAGAAACAUAUAAGUAUGUUUUAACAGAUAUACAAAAUUCUUACUUUGUUAUAUUACCCGAUAUACAGAUAAUAAAACCAGACUAUUUUGAGGAAGUGAACAUCAAUGAUGCUGAGAAAAAUAUUAUAUUUUAUCUGCAAUGUUUAUCUGAACUUGCAAAUGCUAGCAACUCCAUAAUUGGCAUGUGGGCUUUACAACCCAGCAUAUUGGAACUUCUUGCUAUUAAAAUGUGCCCACAUGAUGAAAAGUUAACAAAGUAUAAGCCUGCUCUACAAUAUUCAAUACUGUACCUACUUUACUCUCACUGUAAAAAGAAUAACCAUUUUAUAGCAUCCAGCGAUUUAGUGACUAAUACACAGCAAAGAGCUAAUGACAUGUUUGGUUUGUCAAAUCUCAGUCUUGGUGAUGUCUCAAGCUCAAGUCCCACCUCUGGACAUUUAGCUGUUAUCCUGAACACCUUAAGUAUGAUACUAGAUGAAUAUGUACCUAAAGAAACUUUAACAUUAAUCCUAAAUUGGGUAUCGGACAUAUUCGGUCAACUGGAUAAAUAUUUACCUAUAGUAAGUAUGUCAAAGUGCUUCUUAGUAUUGACAACAAAUAUGCUGUCACUUGCAUACAGUUUUGAUGAAGAUAUAGUAUUGCUUGUUAUGAAAAAUACUCAACAAUUGCUACAAAAUAAAACACUCACUCACACUUGGAAUGUUAUGAUAUUGAAAACGAUUGCCAUGCUGUGUAUAUUACACAUUGAUAAUCAUAAUACUAAGCUAUCUCAUGUUUGCAAAGAUGUUUUAUUCGAGUUACCUUGGGACAUUGUGCAGCUGGAAUUAGACAAACAAGUUGUCAAGGUGUUUACUACACGAAAAAUGAGUUUGAACAUUCUUAAUGGUGAUACAAAGGCAAAUUCAUUCAAGGAAUAUCUUAUGCGCGGUUCCUUCUGCAGCUUAUCAAAUCAGCAUUACAAAAUUAUAAUGAAUUGUCUCCUCCAAUCCUCGCCUGUUGAUAAUAAAGCUUUGAUUGAUGCAUUUUUAACAUCAUGGCCUUUACAAAGUGCUGAUAUUGACGAGAAUAAUCUAUUAUUUUUCCGACAAUGUGCGACAAGCUUUUCGUCCAUUUGUCUUGGCUGGGCACUGUCAGAAGUCGCUCAAACUACAGUGUCUCUCAAAUUACGGACCAUUCUUGGCAAGCCACAAGAAACUUUCAUGAAGAUAGAAGGAGCUUUAAAAGGGACAGCGAGAGAAAUUUCAUCACUCGAAUCUAAAUAUGUGGGAACUGAAGAACAGAAACUGUCUGAUGUUAUUAUAGCAGAACAAAUGAGAACGCGCUGGAUUACAGAAUUCAUGACAUUUCUAGAGAAAUAUAUUUAUAAUGCUGCUGAGGGUACUGCUACUGUUCUGCCGGCGGUUGCUAAACCCGUUCGGACGUUCUUCCAUACGAAUUGGCCGACAUGUCGCGAGUGGUUAACCAGAGUCCGUCCUGCAGCAUUAGCUGUGAGUUUAUAUGCAGGACAUUUCGGUGCGGCCAUUUAUAAUGCUUCUUUGAUAUUAGAAACAGCUGCAAAAAGUAAUACCAAUAUUGACAUCGAAGCUAUUACAAUGAGCUUAGCACGAGCACUCAUAAAAAUGGAAGAGCCAGAAGUGCUACAUGGUCUUUAUGUAUGGACAAAACAAACUUUUGACAAGAAGUUACUUUGGUUAAAAGGUGCUGCUGAACAAGCUAAUUCCAGACACGAAAUAGCUAUCGAGUUCUAUAAAAAAAUUAAUACUCACAAAAGCCACGACGAUGCAAAAGAUGGUGAAUCUUCAUCUCAAAUAGACACUAGAAGCACAAAGUUUAUUGAUGAACAAGUUAUGGAAAGCUAUAAGCAUAUACAGAGUUGGGAAGACAUGCAAGAAUGGAUAGAAAAUGAUGAGCAAACACAUAGUUCACCAUGGUCGUCGUUUUCAAUAUUGAGAUUAUUUGAGGACGGCACGGACAUUCCACCAGAUCUGUGCAAUUGGGAUAUCCUUAACACGGAAUCCAAUGAAAUAUCAAAAAAUAUCUGCUCCUAUCAGGGCUUAUUGAAUAAAAUAGAAUCAACUUUAGUAUGCGCAGCUGUGACUAUGUACAACAAUGAUUAUAAUGAUAAGUACGAGGAAUUGUUACAAAAAUGCGAUUUGCUACUUAAGUCGUCAGCUGAAGAAUUUUCGAGAACCAGCGACGUUCACUUCAUGAAAGAAGUGGCGGUGCUUCAAUUGGCAAAUAAUGGGUUAAAAAAUGUUAUCAAAUGCGGCAAGUUAAUUUCUAAUCCAUUUAAACCGUCUACCGUAAAGGAUCACAAGUUUGGUUCUGAAUUUAAAAACUUGAGUCGUAUAUUAUGGUGGAACCAAUACUUUACAAAAUUAAAUAUAACAGACGAAAAUGUCUUUUAUGCAGAAUGUUUGCGAUUAGAUGUUAUAAAAAGUGCCAGAAAGAACGCCAACUUACUUAUGGCAAAGAGAGAAUUACUAAAGCACUUUAAACAAAAUUCGGCAUUCCAAAUUAGUGUAGGAAAUGUCAGUAAUUUGGAUGAAUUAAGCGAAGUACUGCUGAUAUCUGGUAAUACAUACGAUCUGGAAAUCUGGACACUCAACAACGCCACAGCCCUAGGAGAACUUUGUAAAUUGACUUACGCCAAAGAAGACACUAAGAAACGUGCUGUAAAUUUGUGUGCCAGUAUUUGUUUUGGAUUCUCUCAAAGAUUAGCAAUGGGCGAACAAACCUAUGAACUACGUGAAAAGGGCACCAGAUUACUACUUACGCUCUCAAAAUGGGUACAAAAUGAAAGUGAAAAUAUCUUAGAAGUUGAUUCGCCUUUAUUAAAAUUAAUAUCAGCUCUCCCUGAAAUUGGUUUGGUAGAUAAUAAUAUAUCAGAAAAUGUUAUUCCGGUGUCAGACUCAGCCGUGGGCAAGCUGCUGCAAUUCGGUGUUAAUCAGUGCCCUGGAUUAGCUAAAGCUUGGGCUAAUUUUGCAGCGUGGUGUUUCCGUUGGGGACGAAAGAUGGUCGAAUUUAGUUCCAAGACCCGAGAACAAUUAUCAGAUAACGACAAAUUGCAAAUCGAGAGUGUCAUGAUUGGAUGUUCACCACAAGAUUUUGAAGCAGUUUGUGAAAUAUUGUCGAAAACAAAAGCUACUUGUGAUGAUGAAGAUAUUGAUUGGAAUGAAAUCAACACAUCGGAAAUGAUCGAGAGUCAACUACGCACUGUACCGUCAUUGAGCAAUGCUUUCCCGGAACACCUUGCAUUAUUAGUCGACAUUUGGCGCCAAGCCCAAAAACGGGUAUUCUCCUAUUUCGAGUUAUCUGCCGACGCUUACUUCAAGUUCCUGCAACUAAUUUGUGCUUCAGACUAUAUCAAUCACAGUGGUGAAAACGCUGUAGUGAAUGCUACUUUGCGUCUUCUUCGUUUGAUAGUCAAACACGCUAUGGAACUGCAGACGGUUUUAGAGUCUGGAUUAGCCAAUACGCCUACACAACCGUGGAAGGUCAUCAUUCCUCAAUUAUUUUCACGCCUUAAUCACCCGGAAACAUACGUCAGGAAAUGUGUGUCGGACCUAUUGUGCCGGUUAGCGGAAGAUACACCACAUCUCAUUACAUUCCCAGCCGUCGUAGGAGCAGUAGAAAAUGAACAAAAAGAUUUAAUGGAGUUAAAUGUUGGUAGAUCUUACUUAUCCAGCGAGGGAGCAGAGGGGAGCCAAAAUACCAUCGACUUAGAUGAUUCUGCUAGCGAUAAAGUAAUUAAUAACGAGCUAAAUUCUUGUUUCUUGGACAUGGUUGAAACGUUGGCUAAUCAAGCUCCCACGGCUAUACUACAGGUUAAACUGUUAGUAAAGGAACUGCAACGUAUCAAUUUGCUUUGGGAUGAAUUGUGUCUAGGCACACUUGUCCAGCAUCACUCUGAGUUCACCAAACGCCUGACACAGUUAGAAACCGAAGUUACGAAAGUGAAAAAUAAUUCACAUCUAUCGGCAGAAGAUAAAGACAAGCUCAUUAAGGAAAAACAUCGUAUAAUAUUCGAGCCAAUAGUGUUUGUAUUGGAGCAACUUCAUCAGGUAACAUCUGCUAAUCCUGAGACACCCCACGAGGUUUCCUUUCAGACUAAAUUUCAAUCUCUCAUUGUGGAUGUAAUAGACAAGCUAAAGAACCCUGCUAAUCCUGACAAGCCACAAGAAUCGUGGACGCCUUUGAAACAAUUACAAAUAAAACUUCAGCAGAAAGUCAGUAGGAGGACCUCAUACAUUUUAAAAAUGUAUGACAUAAGCCCAGUUCUAGCAGAGCUUAAAAAUACUGUGAUAACCAUGCCAGGAGUACAUACCAAUCAAAGGGCUGUCAGAAUAACUAUAAAAGGAGUAGAAAAUAAUGUGGCUAUCUUACCUACUAAAACCAGACCUAAAAAGCUGAUCUUUUAUGGUUCUGAUGGUAAAGCUUAUACAUACCUUUUCAAAGGUUUAGAAGACUUACACCUGGACGAGCGAAUAAUGCAAUUGCUGUCGAUAACCAAUACCAUGAUGGCUCGAGACUCUGAAAAUAACGACAACCAGACGUAUAGAGCUCGUCACUACUCAGUCAUUCCUUUAGGUCCUCGCUCGGGCUUGAUUAGCUGGGUGGACAAUGUGACGCCAUUGUUUGCGCUAUACAAGCGUUGGCAGAACCGUGAAGCUGCUUUACUUUCAGCCAAGACUAAUAAGCCAGUAAAUGUGCUUCGUCCCUCAGAGCUGUUCUAUAACAAACUGAACCCGCUCUUGAAAGAGGCAGGUAUAUCUACGGAGAAUAGAAAAGAAUGGCCGGUGUCGAUCCUGAAGCAAGUUCUACAAGAGUUAUCGGCGGAGACUCCUCGAGACCUGCUGUGGCGAGAAUUGUGGUGCAGUAGUGUUAGUCCGGAGCAGUGGUGGCAGAUGACACGCCGUUAUAGUUACUCGGUAGCAGUGAUGAGCAUGAUAGGGUACAUAAUCGGGCUAGGCGAUAGACACUUGGACAAUGUUCUGGUGGACUUAACGUCAGGUGAAGUGGUGCACAUAGACUACAACGUGUGUUUUGAGAAAGGCAAGACGCUGCGGGUGCCUGAGACAGUGCCAUUUAGGCUGACUCCGAAUUUGGUGACGGCGCUAGGUGUAACAGGUGUAGAGCCACUUAACUUACCACCUCCAGACGAAGCUAGAAAACCUUACAUCAUUUCUUCCUGGAAGUUUUUAGAAUAUAUAAGUCAUAACGGCUACUCAGCAUUGUCUCAAAUAUAA